AGGGCGUAUAUAAACCGUUAACAUACUUUUUAGUUUGAAUUGAACUUCUUUUGCAAAAAGAUGGCGUCGGCUUUUGUGUUGGCUCUGGCCCUAUUCGCAGCUGCAGCGUCAGCCAACCCCGCUCGCAUCAUCGGGGGCAGUUCGACCUCUAUUGAGACCUGGCCUUCCAUCGUGCAGGUGGAGUCGACCGUCGGCGGCAUCUUCUGGUCCCAUCACUGCGCUGGUAGCAUCCUCAACUCCGUAUCCAUCCUCUCUGCGGCCCAUUGCUUCGCUGGAACUGGAUACGAUGCAUCCAACCGCCGUAUCAGGGCUGGAUCCAGCACUCUUGAGUCCGGUAUCAUCGUCUACGUGGCCCAAGAGAACAACCACCCCAGCUACGGCCAGAACGGCAACGAUGGUGACAUCACGGUCGUGAGGCUGAGCUCAGCUCUCAUCUUCAGCUCCACCAUCGCGCCUGGGUCCAUCGUCGCUGCUGGCACCACCAUCCCUGGUAACCUGCCCGUGACCAAGCUCGGAUGGGGAGUUACCGCGGUCGGCGGAGACCGUGCUGAGGAGCUCCAAUCCAUCCAAGUGCUGACCCUGGACAACUCAGUCUGCGCUUCCAACUACGCCACUCUCUCAUCCUCUCCCCAAGUCACUUCUAACAUGAUCUGCGCCGGUUCCUCCACUGCUGAUGCUUGCGUGGGUGACGGCGGUGGCCCAGUCUACUUCGGCAACAUCAUCGUCGGUGUCAUCUCCUGGGGUAACGGCUGUCUUCAGGAUGGCUUCCCUGGCGUCAACACCGCCGUCUCUCCUUACACUCCAUGGAUUGUGGCCACCACUUCAUCUUAGAUAUUGACAUGUUAUACCUAUUUAAUUCCACUUUUGUAAAAUAAAUGGAAUAAGAGAUGAA